AUGAAUGAAUUCACAAGGUGGCAGCGAGAUGGAUUGGGAAAAUUUAGUGAAACUCUUAUAGACCUCGAAAGCGCAGUUGAAUUGAGUGCAUAUAUACCUGAUACAGUUCUGCGGGCGGAGCUACGCCGAAGAAGCGGAAUCAGAGACUCUGACAAUGAUAAGCCAUUGUGUGGCUCAAAGGAUCGAGGUGUUUACAACACCCCAGUACAUGUAAUGGCACUUUUCCUCAUUUUAGUGCUGAGUACCUUCGCUUGUUCAUUUCCUGUACUUGCCCGCCGGUUCCCACGCCUACCAAUACCACGGCGCUUUCUUUUUCUUUCCAGACAUUUUGGGACAGGUGUAUUGAUAGCUACGGCCUUCGUUCAUUUACUCCCCACAGCGUUUGUGUCCCUGACAGAUCCAUGUCUUCCUCGAUUUUGGAGUGAAUCAUACCGUGCCAUGGCUGGUUUUGUCGCCAUGAUUUCCGUCUUUGUUGUGGUGGUGGUAGAGAUGUUUUUUGCCAUGAAAGGUGCAGGCCAUGUUCAUGGGAGUGAAUAUGACCAUCUGAUUAGUGAUGUCGGUGAGGACACUGCAAACAACUAUCAAAAUGAGGGUUCCGAAUAUUUACAAGAGUCAACGGAGAAUAUUCACCUCGAGGGCAUACCGAACGGCAACUAUACACAUAGCCUACCACAAUCCUCCCGUCACCUGCUGAGUGACUCAACAGACGACGGUACUCUGUCACAGUCCGCGAGGUUAAUUGCGCGCAAAGAGGAUGUAGGGGUUGGUCUUGAGGGACCAGACUCUUAUGAUGACUCACGUACGGAUGCGCAUCAAAGCCCUUAUCCGCACUCUGAGUUGGGUCAGCCUUCACCGGUUAUAUCGCGUGAACAGACGAACUCCAUGCUGUCCAUACAGAACCCGCAACGUCAGUUACUCCAGUGUCUUUUGCUUGAAGCGGGAAUACUCUUUCAUAGUAUUUUUAUUGGCAUGGCCCUUAGUGUUGCAACAGGGACAUCAUUCGUUGUACUACUCGUGGCCAUCUGCUUCCAUCAGACUUUCGAGGGUUUCGCUCUUGGCUCACGCAUUGCAUCACUUAUUCCGGGCCUUUUUGCCCCAUCCUCCAUGAAGCCAUGGCUUAUGUCACUUGCAUAUGGGACUACAACACCCUUCGGCCAAGCCAUCGGUCUUAUUUUACAUAACCUAUAUGAUCCAACGAGCACUACUGGUUUGCUUAUGGUUGGUAUUACGAAUGCGAUAAGCAGCGGGCUUCUGCUGUUCGCUGGGCUGGUUGAGCUUUUGGCCGAAGACUUUUUGAGUGAAUCAAGUUACGCAACCUUACAUGGUCGAAAGCGCGUUGAAGCAUGUAUAGCAGUUGCCUGCGGGGCUUUGUUAAUGGCGUUAGUUGGUGCAUUUGCCUAG